AUGGCUGUGGGCGCCACCCCGCCGGCCGCCGCUGCGCCGCACGCCGCCGGAGCCGCCCAUCCCGCCGCCGCACCGCCUGCCGGCCUCUCUGGCUCCCUCCCCAGUCCGCGUCCGCGGCUUCCGCAGCUGACUCUUGUAUGGAUGUGUGAAAAGAAGGCAAGGUUCUGGAGAGAUGUUUGGAUGGGGCAGUGUCCUCUAAGCAUUGUUUCCAAUAGAAUUUUUAGCAUUUGCAAUGAGCAGGAGAAUACAGUUCAUGAAGUUUUUCAAAAUAAUGGUAUUAAUCUCACUUUUAGAAGAUCUUUUGGUAUAGAAGAGGCAGAGGAGUGGCAGCAACUAGUUUUGCAAGUCAGAGAUUUCCAGUUACAAGAAGGAGCUGAUACUGUCAUAUGGGCUUUGGAGAAGAAUGAAGUGGAGUAUCCUAUUCAAGGAGAAGGAAAUAAGCUGGAUUUCGAAGACAGUGGAAAAGCUAUCAAGACAUUUGGCGCUAAACGUCCAAGAUUAGUGGUGUAA